CUGCUAAGACCCAGAGAGGCCGGAAAUUUGUAAUGCGAAAGUGAAAGUAGAGAGGAGGAAGCAAGCAAACAUGAAGGUUGACUUAAUAAAUGAUUAAUUAAUUAGUAGAUGACUGAAUUUAGCAAUGAAUAUUUUGACAACAAAGGUUUAAUAUUUGAUGUGUAAAGGUAGGAUUAGAAUUCAUGCAAUUGAUGGCUAAUUUAUGAGUAGUAAGUCGUAAGUACCUAGUUAAUAUUAAUAUUAUUAUCUUCUGGUUAAUUACACUAACUUACACUACUUACUUAAGUUUAGCCUGAGUCACUAUUAGUAAACUAUUACUAUUACUAUGAUGAUUACAAUUACUAUGAAUGCCGUAUGAUGACACUCACUAUCCCGCCUACAUGGGCGCCCGCAGGUAGGGGCAGGGGGGGUUACUUGCCCCCCCCCCCCCUGGAUUGAUUGGAUAAAAAAAAUUAGACAGAAAUAAACAAAAAAUGUAUUAAAGUAAAGAGAGAAUAAAGAGAAAGUAACUAAGCUGAUGUCCUGUCCUUUCGUUCACCAUACAAAUACGCUACAGUAAAUUAAAACUAUUUUAAAACAUUACUAAAAAUUUUUUGCCCCCCCACUGGAAAGUUAAUCCAUUUUUUUUGCCCCACCCUUAUAUGCCUAUUGAGAAAGGAAUAUUGCAUUGAAGAGACAGUGGGGGGAGGGGUGGUCGGCAGUGGGCAGGCAGUAUUUUAUGGUCUGAGCUUAUGUGUAUUUUGUAUGGUUUGUGGUUUUCUGAAGUUAAGGGUGGCAAAAAUCAAAGUCCGUUGCUGACAAAACAAAAUCUAUCUGUUUUAUAACAUUUUAUUAUAAAACCUACUUUUGUUAUACACUUUAAGAUGGCCUCACCUAAUCCUCUACCUACUGCGAAAUGCUCCUCCUAUCCUCGCGAAGAUUUAUAUGGUCUGCAAACACCAAGUGACACAUACAGUCAAUCUGAUGGACUUGAUGGACAUGAAGAAGAUUCUCUUCCUGGUGUCAGAAUUCAGUCACCAAACAGGAGUAAGAAAAUUCUUAAUAGUGAAGUUGGCAUCAGUAAGAUUUCAGACCAAGAAACAGGCUUCCAGAGAUUGCAGAUACUUUAUUCCCUGUAAGUUAUGGUGAUUACAAUUUAUAUAUUUAUUGAUUUACUGUUGCUGUGACUAUCUCCAAAAUACUCAGUCAUAACUAAAGUUGCCAUGUCACAGAAUAAUCUUUUAUUUUGAUUAAGUGUUUUAAUUACAAUUUAAGAGGGUUUUUUUUAAAGACUUUACAAGAAGAAUUUAUUAUUUUAAAAUAAAUGUUUAAAAGGUAAACAUACUUUUGCAUCUCUUUUUAAAAAAAUAAUUAAAUUACAUAUUCUAACUGAAUAGCUGAGUUAUAGUAGUUUUAUAUAACCUAUUUUGACGUUAGACUUUUAAAUAAUUUCAGAUCCAGCUCUGGCUUUCUGCAAGAAGAUACCCAAACAGUGAAUUUAAUGCUGCGUAGAACAGUUUAUCUUGGGGCAUUUGUUAGUGUCAUCACUUCAAUUUCUGAAGCAAAUGAAAGAGCUAAGGCGAACGCUUCAACCGCUCAAACUGUUUUGGUAAAUGCUGGUUUAAAAAAAUAUAAUAUUCUUUAUAAACCUGAUUUAAUGUCAAUAGAAAAACAAAGAUGAAUAAAAUAUAUAUAGCAAAAAAAAACAUCUUUAUAAGUUUGAAAAAUACUAUUUUUUGUUUAUUCAUCCCAGUGAUUCUCAUUUAUUAAAAAGGACCAGUCUCUCAUAACUUUUGAUUUGUUUCACUGGAAGCAGAAUUUUUCCAUUAACUUGUAAUUGAAAUAAAUAAUAAGAAUCAACAACAAAACUUAUUUUUAAAGCCAAUUUCUCAGCACUGGGUCUGAAUGAACCAGUUUAAAAAAACUGAUUAAUUUGAACAUAGUUUGUAAAGAUUCAUGGCGUAGAUCCAUUAUCAGUUAUCCAUUAUGGGUCUAAGAGAUUCAUAGCAUAGAUCCAUUAUCAGUUAUCCAUUAUGCCUCUUAGGCUUGCAGUGGUAUUAUGCCAAAACUCUUGUCUUGUUUCAUUCAAGAGAUGGUUUACAAUUUUCUAAUGCCUUAACUACUUUGUUACUCAUGAAAUUGAGUUUUCUUUGUGUCCACUGCAAUCAUCUGGUUCAAUUUAAUUACUAAACUGAUUUUUUAAAAAAAUAUGUGCGUGGUGGGAUUUUUUAUGAAGUGUUUUGCACCAUUUGAAUCAAGAAAACUGCCCAUUCUAAGUUUUCUUUUUAACCCUUACGCGGGGAAAUUGUUUAUUAGAAAAAUAUUGAUUUUUGUUGUUUGCUAAAUUGUUAACUCUUAGUGCCUGGAGAAAUAAAAUGAACAGAAUAUGCUGUUCUUAAAUCCUCAGUUGGACCGCAGAUACUUGAGUGAAAUUAUGAAGGCAUCCCUAAAGUCUACAGUAAAAUUGACCGUCUUCGCAACCACAGCCUUGUAAGUUAAACAAUCUGUGCCCAGUGGGACCCAUUUUUUCACAUUUGGAUCGGAAUCCUUAAACUGUACACUUGAAGGUUCAAAUGGAUUAUUCAACAGUAUUAAAAAUAAAGAUUUUUUUUUAAAUCAUAAAAUUGACAAAGUAGAUAUGAUAACACUUAUGCCUAUUUUAUGGUGAGGCUUUUGAAACUUAACUUGGACUUGGCUCUUAGCUUUUUCCAAUUUAAAGCUAUGAUUGAUCACACUCUAUAUAUGGCAAACUAAAUCUCACAACACUACCGAAAUAUCCCUCAACAGUGAAACCUAAAUUAUGUGCGCUAUUUGUAAUAAUGUUGACUUUGUUGUGGUUAUUUGCAUUUUACAGCAGAUUGUUGCAAUUCUUGUUCUUUGAGCAUUGAUGAAAAUGAUAUGAAUUUACAGCCACCUGUCCCAAGCUAUAGCCGCAUACAGAAACAAAUCGUCUGUGUGGGAGUACGGCAUAGCCACGGGGCUAGGACUUGGUUUGACAGGUGUAGGAAAUGGUUUAAGGCAUAUAGCUAAACUCACAGCUACUGGAGCCAUAGUUGGGUAAGUGUUGGAAGAUGUUGAUAUAUCUGACUGGUCUGACCAAUUCCAUAAUAUUGAAAGAUUAAUUUAUGUAACUCGUCCUAAUUUAAACCCAGGCCUAGAUUUUUACUUCUGAAAAGUAUGAUUAAUUCUGUUCAUUCAUCCCUGAGACUUAUUAUGAAGAGUUGGCAAUGCAGGCUAAUACUGACAUAAUAUGUAUACAAGCUUUAUUGAGCAACCCAAAACAUGGGUUGACGUAACAACAUGAAUGACAUGAAUUUUAAAAAAAUUUACAUUAAUGGGAUGUUUGGAACUCAUGAGACAAAAGAAUCUAGACACUAUUUGUCAAGUAAUGAGCUGUUAGGUGUUCCUGCAUAAACGAUGGUGCAAACUGAACUAAUAACAUGAAAAAUUUACACACAAAAAACAGAUACUUUUUUUUAAAACAUGAAUAUUUUAAAUUUUUGUUACACAUUUGAUACCAUAUAAAUCAGAUAAACAAUAUGUUUUAUUUUAAUUAAAAUAUCACAUUUUCUCCACAAUCAUUAUUUGGGUUUUUUAUGACUGGAUGAAAGACUUAUUAUUAAUAAUAUUUUUUAGUCAGCAACUUAGAAAAGAAAUGGACUUGUUUCACUUUGCUUGGUACUGAAAUAGUAAUUUCCUAAUGGGCUGACUAUGUGAGAUGGAGGACAAAAUAAAUUGCAUAAAAUAGCAGCUUUCUGAUUGGUUGAAAGGAGAGUAAGAAGUGUUUGUUUGUAUUUCCAGUAUGUGCUCAUAUUAUUUUAAAAAAAAUAAUGGAUAUCUUUAACUUUAACAUUUAAAAAAAAAUACAAGUUUUAGAAUCUGCUGUAGAUCAUUAUAUGGGUAGGGGUUAUUUGGUCUCAUGCAACAAUAAUGUUGUUAAAUGACUAUCAAAUUCAUUGCAGUGUUGUAUGUGGGUAUGUCACCUGCCAGGUGUUGGGGUCACUGGGCAUGAGCCAGGAGCAGCGUAAUCGCAUCAGGAUACAAGAAUAUUUCCGUUCCAAGUAAGUUCCACCAGCCUGUGUUGGACGGAGAAUAAACUACAGUAUGCUUGAUCUUGCAAUAGAUUACUAACACUUCACCAUCAGUUUUUAAAAUAUCAUAUUUUUUGGGGUCUGAAGUACAAUUUUACCAGAAAUACCAGACAGUGGAGAGAGGAUAUUUCAUUGGCAUUUGAAAUCUACAAACACAACUUUGUUUAUCCAAAUGACACUGUUACUGGUGUCCACACGCAGAAUGUAGAAAAUAUGUGGAUUUGCACAAACUGAAAAGACAGUUUGGCACCAGCUGUGCUCUUAUCACUUCUUAUUCCCUUCUUUGUUACCCUGGAGGGAGGACUAUUUAUAAACUCUCUUAUUCCCUUCAUUGUUACCAUGGGGUAGAAAUAUGUAUGAAUACAAACUCUUGUUUGCCUACAUAUGUUCUUUUCAUAUUGCUGGCAUCCGUCCGUCCAAGGUUAACGAGUCCCAUCUACCCGGGGUGCUGGUGGUGUUUUUGCUCUUGCUGGAUUUGAACUCCAGACCACCAACUUGACAUUUGCUCAGUUUAGACCACUCGGCCACCCAGCACCCCAUAUGUUCUUUUCAUAUAUUUUAUUGUUAAAAUUUUCCUAUUUUAAAAUUUUUGUCUUGGAAUAUUAUACAUGUACUGAAAUUAAUGUGUAGAUUGUCAUUAGAAAACAUUUCCAUUUUCUGGGAUCAAUAAAAGAUUCUAAUCUUAUCAAUCAAAAUAUUUUAUUUUUAACAACCGGUAAAAUAGUACUUCAGAUCCAAAAAAAAAAAAACCACAAGAUUUUUGAAUAACUGACACUGAAAGCCACUUUAUUAAGUUGACAUUUUCCAGAAAAAUUUGGAAUAAAAUGGAAUUCUUCAUUUGGAUUUUUUUUUUUUUUUAAAUGUAUAGAAAAAUCAAAUGAAAAAUAGAUUGAUCAAUGACAUCUGUGUUGAUGAAACGUAUUUACAAGUUUACCCGGGGUAAUUUGGAAUAUUUUAAAUUUACUAGAUAAUUAUUGAAAAUAUAUUACAAAUAGGUUGUUACUAUAAAUGAUUUUGAAAAGAUAGUGUUGAGACAAAUAAGAAAAACUUCCACAUUUUUAAAUUUUCCAAUUGGAGCAAAGGUAACUGUAGUCAUGUACCAUUUCAUAUUCUUUGAGAAACUUGAAUUUAAACAUUUAAUGGGGUUAUAAUCUACCAUAGAGGGUGGUGCACAAAUUUUUAGUAAGGCACGUGUGGGGGGGGGUGCGGGGGGUACCCAGGUGUCAAAUUAUCGCCCCAUGGACCAAAACAGUGUUUGAGAACCCAUGUUGUACCCAGUGAUUUCAGUAACUCUUAUUAAAUGCUAUAAUAGAAGGGGAAGCAAUUACUAUUAGCGAUUGGGAAAUAUCACGUACAAAUAAUCACAGGGUUAUCUCCUUUAUUCACAUUAUCUCCCUUACUAUGUUACCAAAGAAAAGCAAAGGCAGCCCAGUGAAUAUUUACCCCAAAAAAUUUUUUAAAAAAUUUCGAUUUACACGAGAUUAACAAAUAAAGUCUAGACAUAUUCAUCCAUAGCAAUGGUCUCAAAAAUGAAGUCAUUCACUGUAGGGUUUCACAGGCUAGAUAUUAUUGGUCUCCAAACUGAAGUCAUUCAUCCUAGUGUUUCACAGCCUUGAUAUUAGUAGCUUUAGACUGAAUCUGCCAGUGGUGAAUAAACGAAAAAAAACACACAAAAAACAUUUUGAAAUAUCAAAUUACCGGUACCAAUUUUAUAUUUUGUGUGUGUGUAAAUAUCAAUUUUAAAAUGAAGUUACAUUUAAAGAAAUAGACAUAUAAAUAUUUAUUUAUAAAGACAAAAUAUUAUUCUACUCCACUGAAUCCAUGGGUUCUUAACCCCUGGGUGUCCAGGAGACAGUGCUUGGGGGUGUGGAAAGACAUGUUGAUUUGCGGCUAUAUCUGCAUUUUAUAUUUUAUAUAAUGUUUUGAAAUGGAAAUGGUGUAAAGGAAAUGUAUUGAAAUUAGAGAGAGGGGGGGGUGGUGAGGGACUCAAUGUAGCGCUACAAAAGGUUUUAAGAACCCCUGGUUUAAUAAAUGAUCUGUUAACAUGGCUGUGGGUGGAACUGUUUAUUUUCAAAUAAUCUGUUUUGACCUUAGUGCACUGGCCCUGCUUAUCUCAAGUGAACAUCACUUGAUCGCCGUCUCUAAAAAUAGAUACAAUCUCGUCUUACUAUUGUUGCCCUGUAUUUCACAGAAGUGAGCCAUCAACGGACAGCCCACCGGAGUCCUACAGAUAAGUUAGAGCACAGUGUUGGUCCUUUAAUCUGUGCCGUCAGGUUAUUGAACUUGAGUGAAGGACAUGUUUGUGUAAAUUAUAUUUUGAUGUCACCAAUAAAACAACAGCUUUAUAUUGUAUAUUUAAUCAUUUUUUGUGUACGUCAGCGAAUUAAUGCAUGGGCUGUUUGUAUAUGAGCCAAAUGUUGGACCUGCUGUUUGUAUGUGAGCCAAAUGUUGGACCUGCUGUUUGUAUGUGAGCCAAAUUUUGGACCUACUGUUUGCAUGUGGACCAAAUGUUGGCAAAUGUUUCACCUGCUGUUUGUAAUGUUUGUGUACAUGAUACACUGAAAUGGGUUCAUAAAUGGGCGUAAUUUUACUAAUUAUCCGGCCAUCCUAACUUGGAUAUGUCUCAUAAGGAUGAGCCAACUAGCUUGCCUGCCUCACUUGGACAUGUCUCAUAGCCAGGUGUGAGCCAUUAAGCUGGCCUGUCUCACUUGGACAUAUUUCAUAUGGGUGAGCCAACUAGCCUGCCUGUCUCACUUGGACAUAUCUCAUGUGGGUGAGCCAACUAGGGCUUGAGCUAGUGGCGGCACAGAAAAGGGGGCGGCUAGUCCUUGACGGCAUUUUUCCUUUAU